CAGAGGGCGUUCAAGGACAAGGCAAUGGCUCACUUCCCACCCUCCGUGUACCUGCCCGCCAAACCAGUAAGCAGUAGCGGAUCCAUUCUUAAAACAUCCUAAUAACACCUCUUAUUUUGUAGCUGGAUUGUAAUUUGUUUCUAGGCAAACUUAAGAUCAGUAAUUGCAUAAACCGUGUUCUUGAUCAUGAUACUGUAUGUUAAGAUACUGAUACAUACAUAAAGCCGAACCGUAAAACAGAUUGGCAAGUGUGAUUUUCGAGUCAAAAUUGAGAGCCUCAUAAUAAUAUCUUAUGUCUUUGUUUUGAUACAUGAGAUAUUGAAAGUUAUUCCUGAAAUUCAAUGUAACUGUAAUAGAUAUAGUAAAGCGACUUGUGAAUAUUUGUAUCGGACCGUGAUUAGAAAUCGAAUUCCCCGCUUAUUUCUAGCAGGCACCCUAUCACUUAGGCUAAUCGAGCUCACUCCACGGACCUUCCCAAACUUCCUUAAUCAUACACAUAUCUAUUUCUUCAUCAAAUUUCAAAGAAACUGCUUAGUUCCAUCCAGAACUAAAUUUAAAUUCAUUUAACUGAUAAAACUAGAUGGAAACAAGUACUACGUCAUAGAAUAAAAAUUGCAGUUCCAGAUAACUUAAAAUAAAUUGCAAAAGUUUGAUUUUCUGUUAAGAACAAUUAUUUACGAUUUAUUUCAUUUGUAUAUUGCUAACAAUUCGUUUUACCGAGGCUUACUUGUGUUGUGAUUGCCUUUGGUAUUAUUAUUGUAAUAUCUGUAUCAUGUAAUAUGUUUGCGGAAUACAUCUCUCCCCUAUACACAUGUUUAUCCGAAGUUUGACAGUAGUGACUAGUGACGUGAGAUGUAGGGGUGUUGUGUUGUUGCUCGGUCCGCAUGAUAGAGCCUAGCGUAGAAUUCCGUCCAUUUUAUUAAGACUAGGAAGUGCCUAUUAAGUCGUCAUUGAAGGAUGCUAAUUAUGUAAAGUAGAAUCAUAGAAAGAAAUGUCAUCAACGAAAACUGAAACGGAAUGUAUUGAGUCUUCUGCAAAUGUGAUGUAUCAAGCCCUCAGCGAACUCUGCAAGAACAAUGCAGCGUUUUUCCAGCAUGAUGAUACUGAAAGUGGACAACGCCUGUAUGCUGGUUUCCUUGCCGUUAUGGACCACGUUGAAGUUGUCUGCCCAUUAGUUGAAAAAGUAAAGAAAGUGGCUCCUCACUAUGAUUUGGAUGUGCGGACACCUGGUAACGGAUAUCGCAGUUUCGUGGUGAUGGUUGACUCCUGUGUUACCCAUUGUAUGAAACUGAAUAAAGAGAUUUGCUCAUCUCGUGACUCUAUUCUUUUUCGGAAGAGUGCUUACGUCCGCAAGGUAGAAUCAUGUGGACAAGUGCUGGCAUCACUGGGAACUAUUGCCAGACAUAUUCAUACCCUCCUGUCAUGGUCACCCCCUGGAGAGCUCUUCCCAGCUGACAAACAUUCGCCAGAAGAACUAUUGAGGCAAGCAGAAAAUGUCAACAUGUAUUGCUUCUAUGGGUACUGUCUUGGGCUGCAGUUCUGUGAGUCCAUGCGUUCCUGUCUGAAGUUCAUCUCAAUUUGCAUGGCAUCCUUCAGUGAAAUUUAUUAUGGGAAUGAUGGUUCAUGGUUUAAGGCUGCUAGUUCAUUGUGGACAGGUGGAAAAUUUGCUGUGGACCCAGAAUUGAGAGCCAGGAGGAUUGUUAACAUCUCACAACAUGCAUCAGUGGAUUUUUGUAAAUCAUUUUGGUUGCUGGCUGAGACAGAAAUUAUGGCACGGAUGCAAGGAGUUGUGGGGCCCAGUAUGGCAGUUAACCAAGUGAUGCUGCUUCCACCCGAACCUUUGAAUGUGAGUGGUGUUGCAGUACCUGUCCCAACAGCUCAUUUUGGACCACGGCCUUUGCCAGUCAGACUUCUGCUGGCACGGAAACGAGCUGGCAUGGUUGGAAGUGGUGCAACUGGUAGCCAGCCCAGCUCACAACUGGUUGUGCAUUUACAUGGUGGGGGGUUUGUGGCUCAGAGUUCCCGCUCCCAUGCAAGUUACUUGAGGGAGUGGGUUGCACGAUUGGAUGUGCCAUUUCUAUCUGUUGACUAUUCCCUUGCACCUGAUGCACCAUUUCCUCGUGCCUUAGAAGAAGCAUUGUAUGCAUACUGCUGGGCCCGGACACAUGCCCGCAUGCUAGGGGCAGCAGAUGAUGCACAAAUCAUCAUGGCAGGUGAUUCUGCAGGAGGAAACUUGUGCCUUGGUGUGACUCUGAAAUGCUUGGAACUUGGUAUUCCUCCACCAUCAGGUCUCUUCCUGGCUUACGUACCUGUGCUGUUAUCUUUUGUGCCAUCUCCAUCGCGCCUUCUCUGCCUUUUUGAUCCGCUGCUGCCAUUUGGGUUCAUGAUGCGUUGCCUCAAAGCAUAUACAUGUGGUCGAGCCGAUGCAGAAUCUGGUGCUAUAGAGUCAGAUUUGGGUGACACAGAGUCCAUGUGUGAUGAUGCAACUGAUCACGCUGCUCGCGAGUCUGCAGCUUCUCUGUCGGGAAAUGACACUGACACACUCACUGCAGGGUCACUCACUUCAUUACAGCCAGAGUGUGAACAGCAGGGCCUGCAGCAGCAGCAGCAGCAGCAGCAGCAGCAUUUACCAUCACCACCCCUACCAUCCCCUCAACAACAACAACAACAACAACAACAACAAAAUAAUGCAAAUGAAAGUUCCAGAUACGUGUCUGAGUUCUUGGAGCGUUAUUUGGGUGGUGAAGCUGUUGCCAUAUCUGAACAGCCUAUAGUGCAGCAGCAUCAGAAUCAGCAGCUACAACAACAGCAGCAGCAGACAAUGACAGGACACUGUCUGUCACAGAACAGGUACAAGACCACCAACCAUUCAAGAUCUCCAGCUGAUGUGAACCCUAUUAACAUGUCUCUGGACUCUAUGAUGCAGCGUAGUCCGUCAGCAGAAUUGUGUUUUACUGUUCCUCCUGAUCCUCUGCUGUCACCAUACUUAACAAAUGACUCUACCCUACAAAAGUUCCCUCCAGUUGGUAUUCUGUCAGUAGAAAUGGAUCCCUGUCUGGAUGACUGUGUAAUGUUUGCACGGAAACUGCGUAACCUUGAUGUCCCUGUCACUCUGGAUGUCCUACCUGGACUUCCUCAUGGAUUCCUGAAUUUUUCACCGCUGAGUAAAGAGGCUCAUAGUGGAUCAAUGUUGUGUGUGCAGCGUAUCCAGCAGUUGUUUGACAAGGCAUCAAGAUCAGCCUCACCAUCAUUAUCUCCUUCAUCAUCUUCUACAUCAUAGUAUGAUUUAUAUUCAGGUUGCCUUCAUAGUUGAUGAGACAUAAAUGUUUGAUACAAAAUACAGUACUUAUAUAAAAUUUUAUGUUUUUGUUAUACAUUGGUGAUUCAGUUUUUGUAGAAAUAAAGUUGUCAGGUACUGAGAA